AUGACUUAUUAUGGAAAGAGAAGAUACGGAAAUGCUCUAUCAAAAUCCAAUCUUUUACCAACAGGUCUUCCACAGGGAGCUGUCACAAGCUGCACUCUUUUCAAUGUCUUCAUCAAUGACAUAGCCGAAUUGGUACAGACAGUCACAGGCAUCAAGUGCUUACUCUAUGCGGAUGAGCACACUGAGAUAAAAGAAUGUAGAAAACUCUAUAAGCUGCUGAGAGAGAAAAACAAAACAGUGGUCCUACAAUGGAUUCCUGGACACUGUGGCAUUAAAGGCAAUGAGCUUGCUGACACACUUGCUAAGAAGGGGACAACGAUUUUGCAAUGCAUGGACCGGCCGAUGUCUUUCCACACAAUGAAGGCCUUAAUCAGGAGAGAAUUUCAUACCUCAAGGUGCAACGAAAUUAAAGCUCGAACAAAGGAGAAACAGUGGACAGUGGCACUCUCCGACAUAGCCGACUGGCCAAGAAUCGAAGCCGUUGCUGAGUUUAGACUACGUACCGGACACGAUUGCUUGGCAAAACACCUUCACAGAUUGGGAGUAUACACUCAACCCACAUGCCCUUUAUGUAACCUACAGGAGGAAAUGGAGAAGACCCAUCUGAUUCGGUGUCCAGCCCAAAAGACAAGGACGGAAAGCCAAAGAUACUGGGAAGCAAGAAGACAGCUAAUGAAUUGCUAUUAA